AUGACCACCACCAUCGACGAUGCGCGUGCCGCGGAGGCCGACAGAAGUGCUGGUGCUCAUGAGAACCGCGUGAAAUCCACACGGAGAAGUCCUUUUCGGUGGACCCUUGGGGUGUUCGUGCGCCUGUGUAUCUGGUAUGCACUACUGACUCCCAUCUUCCGAUGCCCAUCCCAUCCGUCCGAACUGAACGAAUCCUCCCCGCGAGUUUGCAAACCAUACCUCGUCGCUCGGUCCUACGUUGAGCCCCAUGUUACUCCCUACUACGAUACCUACGGCGCACCUUACGUCGAACUUGCCCGCCCCUACGCGCGAACGGUGAAUGAAAAGGUCUACACUCCCGCCGCAAACAUUGCCAGAUGGGGCUAUGACAAGUACGGUGCCCCGGCUUUGGACCAGGCUCAGCAGUUCACCCAACAGCAGUGGGAGAGGCAGGUUGUUCCUCACUUGCAGUCCGCCCAGGAUAGUGCGACAAGGUUGUACAAGUCCGAUGUUGCACCCCACGUUGAGCGGGUGGAAAUUGCGCUGUCGCCAUAUUAUCAGAAGACCAACGCCGCUUUCAGCUCGGUGCUCCAGGGAUAUGUGUUGCCUUUCUGCGCCCAGUCCAGGCCAUUUAUCGGCAAGACCUACACUUCCGGUCAAGCUAUACUCACAACUACUGUCAUGCCUUAUGCGCAAACCACCUGGUCUUCGGUGAUCUACUUUGCGAACAGCUCAUUAUGGCCGAAGAUCACGGGGCUCUACUCGGAGAACGUCGAGCCUCAACUAGUGAAGAUCGGACAGAGACUGGCUAGCUACCGUGAGGGGAAACGACUACGACAGGUUGUGGAUGACGUUGACAGUUCUCUGGACCAGCCCGAACCAACAACGUCGUCAAUCCAUCAAGUCGAGUCGCCGGCUACGACUACCGCUUCAGAGACUUCGUCGGAAUCAAAAACUCUUUCUCCCACAGAGCUAGCAGCGCAAACUCGUGAAAAAAUCGAAUCCGACCUUCGCCUAUGGCAGGCGAAAUUCGCCGUUGCCGCCGACAAAGGAGUGGAAGACCUUGGAGAGCGCAUCAAGACGAUUGUUGACAGCUAUAUAGAGAGUGGAGCGAAAGGCCACGGGGAAAGCCUUUUUGUAGCUUUAGAAGAAGUCGUCCAACAUGAACUGACCGAGGUCAAGCAACGUAUCACCUCGUUAACCACGCCUCUGCCCGUUGAAAAGGCCCCCGAAGAGGAGGAGGUGGCCCAGGCAAAGCUCUCGGCGGACGUCAAAGAAGCUGCCAUUGCCAUCAGAGAUCGUGCUCAGGCACUUCGCCAGUGGCAUAGGACAUUCGACGAAGAGAUUGAGCGUCGAGUAUCUGAUGCCGUGAACACUACUCUGGACGUGCUAGACAGUGUCCGCGACUUGGGACUUCAAGAGAUCGGGAUCCGCUGGGCCCGGAUGGAGGGCAUCACGUACAAGGAUUGGGAAAAGUACCAUGCUCUAAAAGCACAGUUUGAUGACUGGAGGAUUCAGUUUCGCGCAGUGGGACUGCGGCAUAUCAAAGUGGAGGAGGCUAGAGUGCUGUCGGAUGACAUCUUGGGCCGCGGAAUGGAUGCCGCUGAAAGCGCUGCAAAAGAGCUAGCCCGACUCAAGGACGUUGGCAAGUGGAAAAUUGCUGCUCGUGAAGUGAGCGAGGAUUUCGAAACACGGUCUGACCCGCCACCCGCUCUCCCCAAACGCAAUACAACCUCCGAUCAGACUCCGGGAGGAGAAACCCCUGAUCACCAGGAUGCCGAAGAUCGCGACGCCGAUGCUACGAGCUCUUACACUGAGGAGCAUGAUAUAGGCCUGGACGACGCGCCUCUUUCCGACGAUCUGGAUUCCGCGAGUUCAUCCGGCGACAUGGAAGUUCCGGGUGCGAAUGAGCAAACCCACGAUACGGAGCAUGAUGGCGAGCAGGCGUCUUGGGGCGUUUCUGCAGCCGAUAUUGAAACAAGCACCGACAAACCGAGUAUCGACGAACCCAUCGAAAUGUUACACAGCAUUUUAAAUGCCGCCGAUGAACAAGUCCCGGUCAAACAAGCAAGCGAGUCUCAGACUCCUGCCCUGUCUGAAGCGUCAGCCCAGCCAGCCCCCAACUAUGCAGCGAUUGACGAUCUUGUCUCUCAGCUACUUGACGGCAAGGAUUCUUCUUAUGCCGAAGAGGUCAUGAAACGGUUGCAUGCUAUCUAUAGUAAAUCGUCUCCAGCUAUUCCGUCACCGACUGAUGCCGCUCAAACUGAUAAGAAUACACUCACGGAAUCGUCCGCACUUGCGACGGAAACGCCUGUGAUUGUGGAUGCUAAUGAGGAUGCUAUUGAAGCUACCCAGAGCAGCAUUCCGGAGGAACCGAUUGAAUCUGAGCAUCCGGAGGUUUCCGAGGAAGACUCUUCAUCCACCGAAUCGCAAACCGAGGAUGCAUCCAGCGAUGCGAACGAAACCACCAGCAAGGAAGAUCUAUAA